AGAGACUAAUGUGUAAGUUCAAAUUUUGGUAUUAUCCAAACUUGAGGGACUGACAUAGCAAAUAUAAUUAAAAUUGAUUCAAUCCCUAUUUGUUUCAUAUUCGGCGGUCGGUGAGCAAAAAUAGAGAGAUCAAAAGGAAAACAGAGAAGAAAAGGCAGCUUAGCAGAUUUUGAUCAUAUGGCUAUAUCUUUACGAUCCAAAAGUCUGAUCGUUGUGAAAUUUGGAUAGCAAGUGCACAACUCAUUGGGCUUCAAAUCUGUAUGGUUAAGAUCAAGAUCCGACAACUCAUCUGUGAUAUAUCACUACCGGAACAGCGACAUUGUUGAUUUCACCUAAUAAUGGGCUUAACGACACGUAGAAGUUCGAGAGCGUCCAUAAUGGAUUUACCGGAGCUCAUCAUUUUAGAAAUUCUACUACAUCUGUCCAUUAAAGGGAUUGUAAUGUGCAAGUGUGUGUGCAAAACUUGGCAACGUCUAAUUUCUAACCCUCACUUUGCCAAGCAUCACUUUGCUCAUUCAAAAGUUGGCAUUCUAAUCCGACCCUCGGACGUUGGACGAAUUUCAAGAAUAAUUUACUUUAUGGAGCCAUCUGUAAUCAAUGUGAUUGAAGCUGGGCAGCAAGUAAACUUGAAGCUUGAUACCAAAUUGAAGAGUCCUUUGCUUAAUGUUGAUGCUCAUGCGAUUGCUUUCAACGAGGGGAAUACUAAGAGGAAGCGAACUAUUAACCUAGACACCAAGAAUCACAAGGUCAUUAUAGUGAAUUCGUGUAACGGCUUCCUUUGUUUGUUUGAGCGCUCCCAUAAUAACCCAACCGUUGUUUGCAAUCCGGUCAAAUAAAUAUCUGACAGACGGCAGUGGGCGCCGCUACAGCGACAGCACAGCGCUGUUGCUAACAGCGCGCGGCGCUGCUGCACACGUAGCAUCACGGGGAGCGCUACAUAUGGCGUCGGCCUCUUCUCUGCCACAAGGCACCUGCUCCAACAUGAGCUGGUGUCGUUACUCCGGGCGGCACUGGAGUGCGCCACCACCAAGAACAGAAGGUAUAUAUA